CACCAUUAUUCGACGUAUAUGCUGAAGACGACGAGAGGCGCUGUACGAAGCUUUCAGUUCGAGAAAGACAUUACAAUAUGGCGAAGGCGAGUUUCUUUUUAUUCUUAAUUGUCUCAAUUAUUGGUCUGCAGCAAGUGAUUUCUUUGACACAGUCGCAGGUAAAUUAUUUAAAACAGCGAUUGAAUGACCGAUUCAAUCUACCAGUUUCAGAUUACUCACAAUUCAGUGAAUUUAGUGAGACAAAAAACGAGAUAGAUAGUGGUGCCUCAAUACAAAAUGAAUACGAUGAAGAAAGAACAAUAAAUGAAAAGAGCGAAGAACAUAGUCACACAAUUGACGUGGACAUACGAAUGCCGGACGUCAAACCGACAUACGAAAAUGAGUAUUUUUGUCAUGCUAUAGAGAUGCCAAUGGAACGGUCCGUUUUCAUAGUUGGUUACAAACCACAUGCAGAGAUGGGAACAGCUCAUCAUAUGCUACUGUAUGGAUGCAGUGAACCGGGAAGCCAGAAUAAAAGUUGGAACUGUGGUGAAAUGGCAACUACCAACGACGAAUCAGUAUGUGGUGAUGGACCAAGAAUAUUAUAUGCAUGGGCAAUGGAUGCUCCAUCCCUUGAGCUGCCAAAAGACGUCGGGUUUGAAGUUGGAGGAGAUACGGGUAUCAACUACCUUGUUUUACAAGUGCAUUAUGGUGACAUAUCUGAGAAAAUCAAAGAGCACUUUACAGACGAUUCGGGAAUAACGCUUCAAAUCACAGAUCAACCGCGAAAACUUAGUGCUGCAGUGUACUUACUUGGCAGUGGUGGUUAUAUACCCGGACAUUCUGAAGUAUAUAUGGAGUCGGCGUGUUCAUAUGACCACUCACAGGUGCUGCAUCCUUUUGCAUAUCGCGUUCACACACACAAGCUUGGUAGAGUGGUAUCGGGUUACCGAAUUCGAAACCAGCAAUGGGAAGAGAUAGGACGGCGAGACCCACAAAAACCUGAAAUGUUUUACCCCAUUACCAAGAAUAUGACGGUAGAGCGAGGGGACAUCUUGGCGGCAAGAUGCACGAUGGUGAAUGAUAUGGAUAAGACUGUUUACACUGGGGCUACCUCUGAUGAUGAAAUGUGUAAUUUCUACAUGAUGUACUAUACAGAAGGUACAUUGCCUAACAUCGACACUUGCUUUAGAGCAAAUCAAUUUAAAUGGCGACACUACUUCGACAACAUCCCAGCAGACGCAAGCGUUGUGCCGGACGAAAAAUAGAACAUUUAAGAGAAUAUAAGUGUUUAAUCAGAUGUCCACAGUGCAACUAAAAGUAAAAUCACUACAAUGGAUUGGGUAACUAUAAGGCCUUGAUAUAGUAGGCCUAUAUUCUCUCUACAACCUAUGUGGAAAGAUAUAUAUCUGGUUGUCAAAACGAAUAAAUUUUUGUCCAUCAGGAAUGUAACUAGAAGCGAUUGUUGUUGUAAAAUGUAUGUUGUGUUGUCUGUAUUUUCUUUGUACAGUUAUUUAGUUUGUUAUCCAUUAUACAAAUGAUUAAUGUUUAUAAGUACAUGUGUAUGUUUAUGAGUUAAAAAAUGGAACAGUCCAUCCAUCCAAUAUUUUUCCAUGGCACUCAUAAAAAAAAACAUUUAUUUGUUUUACAUACAACUAAAAUAAAUUGUUGUCAUUUUGGAAAUUCAAUUUCAUGUUCUAUCUCUCUCAGAACGGUGGCAUCACUUUAUAGUUCAAGAUUUAAUUACUGAAAGUACCUGUUAUAUUAAUUGUAUUUUUAUAAUAAUAGGCCGAGAAGGCCAUGGAAGAACAUUUAUGGAAAUAUAAACCAACAUUACACGAAGAAUGACACAAAUAAAAAAAAAAGAAGAAGAUAUUUUGCCAUUAAAUGGUGUAAUCUACAAUGUCACGUGGUAAUAAAUCAACCAAUCAAAUUACAUGGAUCUAAAUAGGUGUGGUAUAAAUGACAUUAUUGUGUGAAUUCAGCAUGUUCAUACAAAUGACAUGUGAAAUGUGAAUGUGUGUGUAAAAAUGUAUAAUUGAAGACAAUGAUGCUCAUGUAUUUAUAAAAACAUUUUUUAGCUAUUGCAUCCAUAUCAUCAUUAUAAUAUUGUUUAUAAAAAUAUCGUUUAAGAAAUAGACAUUCAUAAAUAACUGAGAUCUAACAUAGAGCAAUUAUAUUUAUUCAUAACCAUUAUCAGCAACAAUUUAAACAAACGUGAUUAAAAUUAAUGAAACCAAAAAGAAAAAAACCCUAUCUUGUUUGCAUCAUUGAUAUUUUAGAACUUCAUGGUACUGUCCUACUUAUUGAAAAUAAAAAUACUCUAAUCAAUGUGGAUAAUAAAGGUUUUAAACUAAAUAAUACAAACAGAAACGGGAAAAA